AUGGAAGUUCAGCAUGCUGCUGCUGGACCAAGUCAUGUGACCUACGUCCAGAUUCAACUCAAAAAGUUGGACAAGAAAAAGAAUGAAAAGCCAGCUGAUCCAAAAGAAAGUGCAGUCUACUCUGAGGUGAAGACAGGAAAAGCCACAGCAGCACCUGGACCUGUUGAUGUGACCUAUGCUGAUGUUGACCUCCAAAAGAAGACCAAAGCCAAGAAGAAGAGAGAAACAACAACCCCAGCAGAGGCAGAUUCAGUCUAUUCUCAAUUGAAGCCAGGCACAACCCCAGAUUAUCAGCCGUCGACUACACUGACUUCAGACAAGGAGGACGUAUUCACAGGAGACAGUGUGACACUGAGCUGUACUGUAGAGUCUUCUGGAUGGAAGUUUUACUGGUACAGACACAGACCAGACUCUACACCAGUAACCACAACCUCUGGAUACUCCUACACACUCAGCUGGGUCAGUGUCUCUGAUGGAGGACAGUACUGGUGCAGAGCUGGGAGAGGAGACCCAGUCUACUACACCCUGUACAGUGACCCAGUCCAGAUAAACAUUACUGAGAGACCUGUUGCUGUUCUGACCCCCCAACCCAACUGGACCCAGAUAUUCAUUAGAGAGACUGUUACUAUGAGAUGUGACAUACAGGGAGGAGGAGACUCUGACUGGAACUACAGAUGGUAUAAGAAUAGUCAGUUAGUGCUCCCCUUUAACACAAAGCCUGAGUACAGAAUCAGUCCUGUCUACAUGUCUAACAGUGGAUCAUAUACCUGUAAGGGUGUAAAGGGCAACAAGUUCUCCAAGAUCAGUGAUGCUGUACAACUGACUGUGUCUGAUCAACCCCAACCUGUCCUGAGUAUCUCUCCUCAGUGGCUGAACCCUGGAGACUCAGUGUCUCUGAGCUGUGAAGUUGACAAGAUGUCUACAGGCUGGAGAUUCUUCUGGUACAGAGCUGUUUACACUUUAACUGAGCAGUCCUACUAUUUUGAGCGUCUCCCAGACAGAGGCAAUAUGACUACUGAAGACUCCUACACUCUGAUCCCUGCUGGUCCUACUCCCACAGGAGGAUAUGUGUGUAGAGCUGGGAGAGGAGACCCAGUCUAUGACACACUCUACAGUGAACCUCAGUUUCUCUGGUCAGGAGAUCGGCAGUCUUCAGUGUCUCUCAGAAUAAGUCCCAACACAACUCAACACUUUAGAUCAAAGUCUCUCUCACUGAGCUGUGAGGAGAAGGGGAACUCUACUGGAUGGAGACUGAUGAGAUACACAGAGAGAGGAGUAGAGUCAGGGUGUGUCUCUAACUGGGGAUCAAUAACAGGGUCCACUUGUACCAUCAGGUCCACAGACUCAUGGUCCAGUGGAGUGUUCUGGUGUGAGUCUGGAUCAGGAGAGUACAGUAAUGCUGUCAACAUCACAGUGGAUGCUGGUGAUGUGAUCCUGGAGAGCCCUGUUCAUCCCGUGACUGAAGGAGACUCUGUGACUCUGCGCUGCAAAUACUGGACAACCAGCUCAAAUAUCAAGGCUGAUUUCUACAAAGAUGGAGUACUCAUCAAGAAUGGGACCACAGGAGAGAUGACCAUCCCUGCAGUAUCCAAGUCAGAUGAAGGAUUCUACAAAUGCAAAUACCCUGACAAGGGAGAAUCACCAGAGAGCUGGGUGACAGUGAGAGGUUCUGUUGUCUCCAUCUCUCUGACCAGGCUGCUGUGUGGUCUACUGGUGGUGUCUCCCUUUCUACUGGUGUCUAUCGUGCUGAUGGUGAAAUGCUGCAGGGCUCGAGGUUUGUGUUCAACAGUUAAAUCUCCUCAAGACCAGAUACGAUCUGAUGAUGUCAUCGAACAGACUGAAUCAUCUGUGUGA